AUGCUUGGUAAAACUCUCAUCAAGGCCGCUGCCCUGGUGGCAAGUCUGGCAAUCACGUCUGAUGCUCUUGCACUCAAGAAGCAGAAUCUCAAUGACCUUAUCAAGCCAUACAAGAGAGAACUCCUGCAGGAUCUGGUGACCUGGGAUGAGCACUCACUCUUCGUACGUGGUGAGAGAAUCAUGCUCUACUCGGGCGAAUUCCAUCCUUUCAGAUUGCCUGUCCCUAGCUUGUGGCUAGAUGUCUUCCAGAAGAUCAAGGCAUUGGGAUACAACGGAGUCUCCUUCUACGUUGAUUGGGCUCUUAUUGAGGGCAAGCAAGGUGACUUUAGUGCCGAGGGAAUCUUUGCUUGGGAGCCUUUCUUCGAGGCUGCUACAAAGGCUGGCAUCUAUCUGAUCGCUAGACCUGGACCAUACAUCAAUGCUGAGGUCUCCGGUGGUGGCUUCCCUGGCUGGUUGGCUCGCAAUCCUGGAAUUCCCAGAACUCGCGACCCCCGAUUCCUCAAUGCAACCGACAACUACUCUCGCCAGAUUGGCGAGAUCAUUGCAAAGGCACAGAUUACUGAAGGAGGCCCUGUUAUCCUUUAUCAGCCAGAGAACGAGUACUCCCAAGCUGUUUCAAGCGAUCCCGAAUUCCCUGACCAAGUAUACAUGGCGGCUGUUGAAAAAAGAUUCCGAGAUGCAGGCAUUGUUGUACCUUCUAUCCUCAAUGAUGCCUAUCCGCACGGAUAUUUUGCGCCAGGUAGCGGAGAGGGUGCAGUGGACAUCUAUGGGCAUGACGGAUACCCCUUGGGCUUCGAUUGUGCCAACCCAACCACCUGGCCCGACAACGCAUUGCCUACAUACUAUGGUGAUCUGCAUGCAGAGCAGAGUCCUUCCACUCCUUACUCAAUCCUUGAAUUCCAGGGAGGUUCAUUCGACCCAUGGGGCGGCCUAGGAUUUGAGCAAUGUAGCGAACUGUUGAACUCUGAAUUCCAGCGAGUCUUCUACAAGAACGACUUUUCAUUCGGCAUGACCAUCUUCAACAUCUACAUGACGUAUGGCGGAACGAACUGGGGCAACCAAGGACAUCCAGGCGGCUACACAUCCUACGACUAUGGAGCUGUCAUCACAGAGCAACGUCUGGUAUCUCGUGAGAAGUACAGCGAAGCAAAACUCGAAGCCAAUUUCUUGCAAGCCUCGCCUGCUUAUCUGACUGCCAUUCCUCAGAACAACACUCACGCUAAUGGAUCUUACUCCAACAACCCCGAAAUUGCUGUCACUGCAUUGUUUGGUAACAGAACCAAUUUCUUCGUCAUCAGACACGCAGCCUACAACAGUCUUGCCUCGACUGAGUUCAAGUUGACCCUUCCCACCAGCCAGGGAAAUAUCACCAUCCCUCAGUUGAACGGAUCUCUUGUCCUGAACGGACGCGACUCAAAGUGGGCAGUCACUGACUAUGAUGCUGCCGGUACCAACUUGCUUUACUCAUCUGCCGAAAUCUUUACCCAGAAGGCUUAUGGCGAUAAGCAAGUUCUUGUCGUUUACUCAGGGGCUAACGAGAACCAUGAGCUUGCAUUCACGCUCUCUUGUAGUAGCGAAGUCAUCGAAGGAUCUGGUAUCAACAUCGUCAAGAAGAAGGGCACCACAAUUAUUGGCUUCAAGAGCAGCUCGGAACGCCGAAUUGUCAAGAUUGGCGAGCUCUACGUCUACAUUCUCGACCGCAACGAUGCAUACAACUACUGGGUCCUUGAUCUACCUUCCAGCCCCGUUUCUGGCAACUACACUAAUGGCACUAUCGACACUUCUGCUGCUAUUGUCAAGGCUGGUUACUUGCUUCGCACCGUCGAGGCUAGUGGUACUAUCUUGUCUCUCACUGGUGACCUCAAUGCCACGACUGAAAUUGAGAUUAUCGGUGGCGCACCCGCAAAACUCACCGAGCUUAAAUUCAACGGUGAGACUAUCAAGUUCGCCCAGGACAGCUGUUCCGGCGUAGUCACAGCCUCUGCUACUUACAGCGAGCCCUCAUUCUCCGUUCCCGACCUAUCGACUGUUGAUUGGAAGGUUACCAACAGUCUUCCAGAGAUCGUCGCAGGAUAUGAUGACAGCCUUUGGACCAACGCCGACCUGACUUACAGCAACAACACUCAGCGUAAUCUUACUACACCUGUUUCGCUAUAUGCACAGGAUUACGGUUACAACAUUGGCAACCUCCUCUACCGUGGUCACUUCACUGCUACUGGCGGUGAGAACUCCAUCUAUCUCCAGACUCAAGGCGGCUCAGCAUUUGGCAUGUCUGCUUGGUUGAACGGCACCUUCUUGGGAUCAGCUCGCGGUAUCGACGCCGCUUCAAACGCCAACUCUACAUUCAGCUUGCCCAAUGUCGCUUCUGGUAGCUCUUACGUUCUGACUGUCCUCAUCGACCACAUGGGUCUUCAAGAGAACGGCCAAGGAGGUUCCAGCGAAAUGAAGACCCCUCGUGGUAUCCUCAACUACUCUCUCAACGGCCGCAACGCUUCCGCGAUCAGCUGGAAGUUGACUGGUAACCUUGGUGGUGAGGACUACCAAGACCGCACUAGAGGACCUCUCAACGAGGGAGGUCUUUACGCUGAGCGCCAAGGUUAUCAUCUUCCUGGAGCACCAACCUCUAGCUGGAGCAACAGCACUCAUGGACCUAUGAUCGGCAUUACCGCCCCCGGUGUUGCUUUCUACUCCACCACCUUCGACCUUGAUAUGCCUGCCGGCUACGAUAUCCCUAUUGCCAUUUCCUUCUCCAACGCCACAUCGAGCACCAAUGGUUCAGCCUCUGUUGCCUACAGAAGUCAAAUUUACGUCAACGGUUACCAAUUUGGCAAGUAUGUCUCGAACAUUGGCCCCCAGGAUGUAUUCCCUGUGCCUCAGGGCAUCUUCGACUACAACGGUUCUAACUACUUGGCUGUUUCGCUGUGGGCUCUUGACGAGGGUGGUGCCAAGAUCUCCAACUUGAGCCUUGUCGCUGGUCCUGUCAUCCAGAGUGGUUAUGGACCUGUUGAGUUGAGUCCUUUGACUUGUUGGUCGAAGAGAGAGGAGGCUUACUAA